CCUCCAGUUUUUUUCCCCCUUUAAAACUCUUCCCUUUGUUACUAAGAGAAGAAAGGCAAGGGCUGGGCAAAGGUAGCUAAGAAGUGUCUGAGGCUGGAUUUGAACCCAACUCCAGGUCCAGCUCUCUGUGCACUAUGCUACCUCAUUACCCUUCUCCCUCCAAAUCUUAGAAACAUCCUUCAGAAAUUCUGCUUUCGUUGUUCACCUCAGCAGUGUGGGAUUCCCAAGCUUUGGCUAUCAUAUUCUCAGCCCCUAUUACCUGUUAGGGAACACCAUUGUGAAACUUCUGCUACCCCUUUCUUCUCUGGAAUCCCAGGAAGUGGCACCAACUCCAGAAAGGUCUUUGUUCUUGUUCUACUAAGAAUUUACUUUUUUUCCUACUUUACCCCUUUGUCCCUUUUAGACAUAACUGGCCCAAAUAGAUUUUCCUCUCUUGAAACAACCUGCAAAGCUUUUGGGAUCUCUAAACUCUUCCUGAUGCCGUUUAUUUAGGGGCCUUUUAAAUGCUGAUCUCUGGAGGGUGCUGUUCUUUUCACUUCAAAUUAUGAGUUAAUUCUGUCUCUUUCCAUCACCUACUGUGAAAGGACAUCCUUGCUGGCCAGCCUUCUUGGGCCACCAUUGCCCCUGACCCCUCCCAGACCAUGUUUCUGCCAUUUGCCUUUCCCUGCUCUGAGUUGAGGGUUCCUAGGGCUAUCAAGGUUAGGACACACUCCAAAUACUUGAGGUCCUUUUCCAUUUUAAACUGCAUGUGCAGCUUUUAAAACAAAAAGUGGUCUUUGAUUUUUUGCUUGAGUAAAAGGGGUGGAUGAAAAAGAGCAGGUUAUAUUUAGGGAGACUGGGAUGGUAAUAGGUUCUAAGGUCAUCUAGCUUAGUACAUACCUGGGCCUUAGGCAUAGGUUCUCGGUGUAGAGAGUUCCUGAUUCUGAACCAGGGGGAGGGGAAAGCAUCGUGAGGCAGCUCCAGGGAGAGGUGGCCUUGGAGACGGCCAGGACUCCCAAGUUCCAAGGCUAACGAUUGCUUUUUUGGCCUGGGAUUUCCUUGUCUUUGAAGGGGAGCGAAGAACUUCACACGACUCCUGCCUCUCCCCCAGUUGAGGUGAUGCUGCCGGGGCUGGCUCCGCCCCUGCAGACACCCUCCCACCUUCCUUUGCUUGGUUCCCCGACCGCCUUUCCUGGGUGUGGGGGUGAGGGAAGGCUCGGAGCUCCCAGGCCCUCCUCCUCCGCUCUGCACAUCGCGUGUCCUUCCCCACCACCUAUAUAAGGAGCAGUCAGGCUCCCCCAAGGCUCAGUUUCUGGUCGCUGAAGUAGAGGGUCCCACAGCUCGGCCGUCGUGAGUCGGUUUCACCCGCGCUCCCCAAUGCCUCCCUCUGGAAAACUCGUGGUGGCCAGCCUGGCGCUCUGCCUCCUGCUGCUGCCACCUGGCCACGCCUGGUACAAGCAGUCCGCUGGCCCCAGCUAUUACUCGGUUGGCCGGGCUUCGGGACUGCUGUCCGGUAUCCGGCGCUCUCCUUACGCCCGGCGCUCGGACCUGGUGCAGGAAGCCAGAGACACUGGAGGCAUCCCCUUUCGCGAGCCUCGAACCAGCCUUCGGAGCCUCGCGGUGUGUGUGAAGGACAUCGCUCCCAAUCUGCAGAGCUGCGAGCUGCUCCCUGAUGGGUUCGGGACUUUCCAGUGUAAGGCAGAUGUUUUCCUCUCUCUGAAUUCUGCUGACUGUCUGAGUACCUGACGCCUCGGGCCCCAGCCUUCCCCAACAUGGAAAUGGCGACGUCUCAGCCCACCUCCUACCCCUUCUCACCCCCAAAUAAAUAAAAUGAACAAAUA